UUUUUUUUUUUUUUUUUUUUUUUCCGUCUUUUUCGUCGCUGCUUUUUGCAUCCUUUGCAUUCUCCGUCAGCGUUUCGACAAAACAGACCCACAGGCAAAAACAAACAACUUGCACUUUACCUUGUGUGUUUCCGAACAAAGCAAUGGCCGACGAAUACAACCAACUGAAGGCAACUGCCGAAGAGCUCAAGGCCAAGAUCAAGGCCGAUCGCGACUCAAAGAAGGACACAACUCUGCUUGAGGCUGCCAGCGAUGUUGCAGAGCUGCCGCGUCUUUCGAUGCGCGUGCGGCGCUCGCUCCGCGGCCACCUGGCCAAAAUCUACGCCAUGCACUGGUCGACCGACAACCGACACCUUGUCAGCGCUUCACAAGACGGCAAGCUGCUCGUCUGGGACGCGUACACGACAAACAAGAUCCACGCCAUUCCUCUGCGUUCCUCGUGGGUCAUGACGUGCGCAUAUGCUCCAUCUGGCAACUUUGUGGCGUGCGGUGGCCUUGACAACAUUUGCUCAAUCUACAACCUCAAGUCGCGCGAAGGCGUCGUCCGCGUCACCCGCGAGCUUGCCUCCCACACUGGGUAUCUCUCCUGCUGCCGCUUCCUCUCGGACCGCGAGAUUGUCACCUCGUCUGGCGACAUGACGUGCGCUCUCUGGGACUGCGAAACUGGCCAACUGCGGACGUCCUUCCAGGGCCACGCUGGUGAUGUUAUGAGCUUGUCGCUUUCCCCCGACGCAAACCCCAACACAUUUGUUUCCGGUGCCUGCGACGCACAGGCAAAAGUCUGGGAUAUCCGCGAAGGCCGAGCUGUUCAGACAUUUACUGGCCACGAGUCUGAUAUUAACGCUGUCCACUAUUUCCCCUCGGGACAGGCUUUCGGUACCGGUUCGGACGACGCUACCUGCCGUCUCUUUGAUCUCCGCGCUGACGCCGAGCUCAACCAGUACACCCACGAGAACAUCCUUUGCGGCAUCACCUCUAUUGGCUUCUCUCUCAGCGGUCGUCUCCUCUUUGCCGGUUAUGACAACUUUGACUGCAACGUCUGGGACACCCUCAAGCGCACUCGCGUUGCCAUUCUCCCCAGCCACGACAACCGUGUCAGCUGUCUUGGUGUCUCCUCGGACGGUCUUGCCCUGUGCACCGGCUCGUGGGAUUCUCUCCUCAAGAUCUGGAACUAAGCGACUGCUUAAUUCUUUGUUUUUUUUUUUCCGUCUCAUUCUGCUUUCCGUUUUUCCUUCUUGUCGCUUGUGGUUUGUGUAAUUCCUGUGCUCUUUUCUGUCUUUUCUUCCACAAGAAGUUGUUCCUUUUCAGCUUUUCUUUCUUUUUUUUUUUCUUAUUUUUUGCGUGAAUGCCUUUUCUUUUCUCUUGCAAUUUCUUUACGCUUUGUUUUUUCUUUUCUCCCCUUUUUGAUUCAGCAAAAAAUGUCUCAGCGUUUUAAUUUUUUUGUAUGUUCUCGUGUUCCUUGCUUGCGCAUUGUGUUGUUUUAUUCCUUCUGACCUCUAGUUGUUUUCUAGUGCAAUGGUUGUUUGUUGACUGACUUGUAGGAUUUCAGUAAAAUGUUGUCUUCCUUCCUCCUUCUUGGCUUUGACUGUGACGUGUUCACCGCAGCCACCCCGAGGCAACUCUGCUGACCAUACUCUUUGUUGCUCUUCAACCAUGCCAUAUGCCAUGCUGCUGCACUCGUACAAGUUGGAGGGGGUGUGAAUGAAUGAACUCUAG